CUUCGCCUCCCUCAGUUUGCGGCGUUGGCGUGUGACUUCCACCUCGUCUUGCCGUCGCCCCUUCUCCGUUCAGGUGAGUUUCCUCAUGAUAUUCUAUUAUCAGUAUAAUAGACAACUCAACGCGUAUUUUCUGUGUGGUUUCUCUGGCUUGACAGUCUACUUAGUUGAAGUAAAGAUCCCUGUAUUGCCACCGAAGAAAAAAAAAAAAUUGACAAUAGAGAAGUAGGGUUUUCAAUUGGGAUCGGCGGGAACUGCCAUGGGAGGAGGAAGGAAGAACUUGCUGCGAGCAAAACAUGAACAGGACGUGGCUCUACAAGAUGGCCAAAGUAUCAUGAAGGUCGUUUCUCUUCGUGGUUCUAAUCUCAUUGAGGUAAUGGAUGCACGCGGUGAGAAUUUUCUAGCUCUAUUCCCAGCUAAAUUCCAGAAGAGCAUGUGGAUAAAACGAGGGAAUUUUGUUGUGGUUGAUGAAAGUGGAAAGGAAAGGGCUCUUGAUUCAGGUAGCAAGGUUGCUUGUAUUGUUACUCAAGUUCUUUACCAUGAACAAGUUCGAAUGCUUCAGAAAUCUCCAGAAUGGCCUGCAAUUUUCAAAUCUGGGGCUACUGAUGAUUCAAAUGGAAAUUUGCAUGGAAACACCUCCCAACCAGAGAUUGAGAAGGACUCUAGUGAUGAUGAUGGACUACCCCCGUUGGAAGCCAACACAAACAGGUUGAGACCUUUAGAGUUACAAAUGGAGGAAGAUUCUGAAUCCAAUUCUGAUAAAGAUGAUUGAAUAAUUUAUCUAGAUUUUGGUGAACAAUGGUAAAAAAGUAUUUCUAAAAAUUUAAAUUCUUGACAAAUAUUAGUGGUAAGAUUAUACUUUCAUUUCAAUUCAUUUUCCUCAAUCCAGACAUACCAUUAAUGAACUACAUUUACGUCUAACUGAAUUGAAAUGGUUGGCGUGCGAAACAAUUUUUCUUUAUGCUGGUGAGCUGGCUGAUUCUGCAGAUACACUCAAGUUCGUGAGAUUGUCUGGCAAACGUCCAGUUUGUGAGAUUGAGUUUGCUUUAAAAUGUAAACAAUUUUGUACUACUCGUAGUACUUACAGCAACAUCAAUUUAUUUGAAUGAUUAAGUUGCUCUUUGGAAUCA